AUGGGGUGCCCCGAGGGCCAGGUCUUGGAGAAGGAGCCUGGUGACUCCUGCUGUUCCUGUGCCCCGCUGGUGAGCAGGGCCGAGGGCAAAGAAGCCGGGGGCAUAGGCCGGGGGGCCAAGAAGUGCAAACCCCGUUGCUCGCAGCUCCCCGAGCUGCUCCAGAGAGCCACGGCUCUCCAGGAACCAGGGCCUGCCAUGGGGGAAGAGGAGGAGGGCUCUCCUAGCCAGUUUCCCCUCGUCACCUACCUGCUGCCUCUGCCCGGAGACCCCUGCUAUGCCCCCCUGGGCUUGGCUCGACUCCCUGCCAGCAGCCUGAGCCCCUCCUCACAGCAGGCCGACCACCCCGCUGCAGCCGGGCACCUGGGUCCCUCUCCGGCUGGGCCCGACCUGCAGGGCUGGAGCCCCCAGGAGGACGUGUACCCCGAGAUGCACGCUCGUCCCCCCUUCCUGCAGAUCGACUUGCUGCAGCCUCACAACCUCACCGGCAUCGUGGUGCAGGGGGCCGGAUCAUCGGAUGCCUACAUCACCAGUUUCUCCCUCCAGUUCAGCGCCGACGGGCUCCACUGGCACGACUAUCCCGAGGCCCCAGGCCUCAAGUGUCCAUUCCAACGGUGCCCUCUUGCCCAGAAGGGAUGGCUCACUGUGCCAGCGGUGCUUGCCUCAUGCCCACGGCCCUGUGUGAUGGGGUCGAUGACUGUGGGGACGGCUCUGAUGAAGAGGGUUGCGGAUCCCUGCCCACCAGCACCACCAGCUCCAGUGACCAGACCAAGACCCUGCCUGGCUCCUUGAACCCUGCGGGACGCCCCUCCCCGAGGCCUCUGCAGACCAGCACCUGGGAACCAACUGGGAAUGUCGGAAGCCCCCUCCCC